UUUUUCAUGGUUGAUUGGUUCUUUUUAUUUUUAUUUAAAGCAUGGUUAAAGGACGUUGGUUGGUUUGUGUUUUACAGCCUCGAGUCCAUAAAUUCAUUGCGAUCUUCGAUCCUCGUUUGCAAAGAGAACUUUGACUCCCUGUUUCCUGAAAAAGGAACUAAAGUGGAAGAUCAAGUGACUGUCACAGACGAUGUCCCUAAACUCUAGUGUUUCUGUGACAAAAGAGCGCUAAUUUUUGCUGAAAACCCUUGUUCAAAAUGGACAAGCUUGUCAGAAAGACUGGUGGCCAAAUUGAUGAAAUGGUAAUUGCAUUGAUUGAUGUUGCCCAUGACAAGAAACAGGAAGUUAGAGAUGAUAUCUCAAGGACUUUGGUUGAGCUUGGAAAACGACAGCCAUUUUUGGUUCUCAGUUCUUGUAACUCAUAUUUGAAUAAGCACCAAAGGCUGAUACAAGGCCACCGGAUUGUUCUGUUAGAUGCAAUGGCAAGAAUCAUAAGAGAUACCUCUAACUGGGAAGACAUUGAUUUGACAAAAGAACUGAUACAUCUUGCUUCCUCUGAAAUGACAAAAAGUAAGGACCUACAACCAGAAUGGCAGACAGCUGCAUCAAAAGUUUUGGUUGCAUUAGGGUCAAAAGCUAGCAAUGACGUCAUGGAUGAGCUACUGCAAAAGAUUGUCCCUGGCACUUUGCCGCAUUAUUUUGUUGUUCUCACUCUAGCAAACUUGGCAACCGAAAAUGUGUUUGGUGUUGUUCCAUUCUUGAAAGAUAUUUUCAGUAGAAUGCUUGCUAUGCUUGGAAUGGUGAAGCAGGACAACAUGAGAUGGGUCUUCUCUCAUUGCAUUGGAUGUUUUAGUGAGGCAAUUCUGGACUACUGUGCAAACAUUGAAAAUGCUCCAUAUCCGGACAUAACGAAGGAUCGAUUCUUUGGAGAAAUCUAUUCUGCCUACGAGAUCAUGUUUAAUGUCUGGCUUCAGUCCAAGGAACCGAAGAUUCGCCUUGCAAUUGUCGGUGCUUUGGGUCACAUGAGUCAUCUCAUGGCAAAAGACAAACUUGAAGAGCAAGCACUACGACUUCUCCAAGGAAUUACCGCGAUGUAUAAGAAAAAUCAGGAGCAUCAUAUCAUCACUCAGAGCAUGUGCAUGGUUUUGGAUGCAGCAACAGCAGAUAAUUCUCAAAUCCUGCUUUCCUUCUUAGACAACUUGCUAAAUGGAAUCUACGCACACGCCUGCAAUGAACCAAACUACGCGGACAUCCAUACAGUAAAAAACUACAACGAGGUCUUAAGAUGUUUUCAAGUCUUAACAAAAGCAUUUUCGGAUCGUGUUGUUGGAUUUUUACUGCAAAAGCUGGAAUCUGGAAAUGAGAAGUCGAAAGCAGCCACUUUGAAUGUGAUGAGGCAUAUUAUUUAUUCGGCCGACGAGCUUUUACAAAACAAGAGAGAAGUUAUAAUAAGUGGCUUAGGCGCAGUACUCAAUGACAGCAGUGUAAAGAUACGGAAAGCUUUGGCUCAAGUCAUAACGGCGAUGGCUCAUAAUGGCUACCUUUCUCUGGAAGGAGGCGAUCAGCUUGUAGAGUUCAUAGCCCGGCAGUGCUCUUUGGCAGUUUCAUCGGUUUCUGAUGCAAAGUCAUCCGAUUUAAAUGGACUGAAGUUGCUUUGCGAGAAUAUUCUGCAUUUGUUGACAACGACUGUGGAAAUCAUGGAAGAGGUUUUAUGGCCUUACCUCUUACAAUUGUUAGUGCCUGUACAGUACACAGAGGCCUCGGCCUGCCUUUGCAAAAGUCUUUCAUUCUUAGCCACGAAGAAACGGGAGGAAGAGUCUGCAGAUUAUCAAAUAGAUUUCGCUCAGCAAGUCAACAUCCCAAGACCGCCUGCCAUAAUAGCAAGGCUAAUAGUGCUUGCAGGCUAUCCACACAACGGCAAUGGUCGCGGAGCGCCCAUUCUAAAGUUGCUGCAAGCAAUGUCAUUAAAUCUUCACCCUGCCAUUGUUGAAAUGUGGGACACUGUGAUACCGAAGUUAUUUCAAUAUCUUGAAGAAAAUUCCACGGAAAUGGAUAACUGGAAUCAGAAGGCUUGGGAAGAUCUCAUUUUGAAGCUUUUGUCGAAGACGUUGAGUGAAAUUGAAGCUGAAGACUGGAACCUAAGCUUCGGACGGUUUCUUGGUGAACAGAUAGCUCUUUAUCAAAAUUACCCGGAAGAAAAGGGGUUUCUCUACAAAUGCAUUGGCGUUGUACUAAGGAAAACAAACACGGCCGAUUUUGUUCGCGAACACUUGAAUCUCAUCUUUGCUACUGUUGAUCACUCAAGCCAGAUCGAAAGGGAAGGCUGUGCAAUGGCACUUGGCUUUUGUGCUGCCUCGCAUCUUGAUCAGUGCCUCGUAAAGUUGGAAGAAAUUACCAAAACUGAUAUGGUUAGAAAGUCUACUGGUUUUAUGGGAUUCAUGAAGGACAAGACGGAAGCCGACGUGGGGCGCAUCAAAUGUACGGUUGCUCUUUCCUAUGGUUAUGUCAUAUACUAUGGACCAACUGGCCUUAUUACAUCCCGCCUUGAAACGAGUGUCCUCCGUGUUUUGAGUCCAUAUUUUACGUCUGCAAAAGAUCCCAGAGUCAAGCAAAACUUAGUGAAAGCUGCCUCGCUGUUUGGGAAAGCAUUGAGCCCAGACCACUUGAAUACGCAUUACGUCUUUGCUAAGAGAGAUUCGAUGAUCAAGUUUAUACAGGGAUUUUUGUUGGUAGAACCAAGAUCUUCGAAUUCCGAAUUGCGUCCUCUGGCCAUCGAAGCCAUAACAAAUCUAGUUAUUUUAGAUCCGAAGCUACCAGAGCAAGAAGUACAGGAACUGAUCAAAAUUUGUUCGGACAGUGUGUUCCCGGCACUGGAAAACCUUGAUCCUGACGUUGAUCUUAGUGAAAAAACGAAUAAUACCUUUUCUAAAUCGCUGGAAAAUAUAAAUGAGCUGAUGACACAGAUAUCUGCUAAAGAUGGUACACCUGAAGGACUAAAGUCGCUUGUAAAGCAUCUCGAGCCGUUUCUUUGCUCAUGUCACAACCAUGAACGAAAAGGAGCCAUUCAAACCGUAAAGGCGAUUUUGGAUCACUUUAUGGAAUCCGUAACAGCAACCGAAGAGGACCAGUUUUCACAGCUUGGCCUGUUGCUGGGCAAAGUCUUACCACGUUGUACAGACCCCUUGGUUUCUGUUAGAAAAGAUAGUAUUGACUGCAUUCACAUCCUAUUGAACAUCAAUGAUCGUUAUCAAGGCAUACCUGCAGAUGUGAGCGACGAAAGAUUGAAAAACCUUUCAGCAUUGAAGGAAAACGUAUCCAGUAGUGAAGCUUCUGACCUUUUCAAUGUCGUGAAUGAGCUAGCUACGGUCUUAAGCAAGAAGACCCCGGAUCGCCAGUUAAAACACCUCAUAUACUCACUACUAGAUGGCUUGACUGACAAGCAUGCGCAGAGCUCAAAUGGUGCAUGUGCCAUAUUGAACUGCAUUUUAAAACACAGGGGGGCUGAACUGUAUUCUGAAAUUACGAAGCUCAUAACAGAAAUACACAAUAAAUUAUUAUCAGUGUCUUUUCCUGCAACAAUAACUGGGACGAUUGUAGCAAUGCGAACUUUGGCCUCACAUCAUUUGAUUGUUGUUCUAACAGCAAUCCUUGGCUUCCCGUUGCCUUUUUCCUCGAUAACUAAAGAGUUUUGGCAGACAUUAGCAAAGGACAAGGACUUAACUCAAGACACUUUUGACCAUCUUUUGGACAUUUUGAGUCGAUCACCUCCGUUCACGGAAAAGGAAGAUGCCAGAGAUAAGAAGAGCUCGAUCAGGACUGCAACAGUGCUACCCAUAGCGGUAACUUGCGCUCUUACUGAGAUCUUUCGCGUUCCGGAGACUGAAGAUUUGGUCGCCACGCUGUUCCCGAAGCUAUUUUCUGCAAUUUUGCUCCGAAUGGGUUCAUGUCUCAACGUUAAACCUCCAUUGCCAGAUCAGAAGAAGUCACAAAAGCAGGUUCAACUGCAACCAUUGAGUUUAGCCACAGAAUGUUGCAAGGAAUUUCUCGCACGGAGUGAGUUCGAGAAACUGCUUUCACAUAUUGAAGAAAUGAAUGGCUGGAAAAUGUUAGAAGAAGAAAAGACCUUCGCUACUGGCCUGGAGAUUGUUGUCAGGGGUUUGUGCGACGUUGCUUCAAAGCACAUCAGUGAUAUUGUCACAUGCCUGUUGCAAGCACUUCAAAGCACAUACGACACUCAACGAGUUGUGGCUGCUGGCUUAUUUGCAGAGCUAAUCAAUCAACGAUGUCGCGGUGAUCUGCAGCUGGUAGAACUCUUAAUCAAUAGUAUGUUAUCGAAGCUUGUCGAUCCUUGCCAUCUGGUGAGAAAGCUUUGCAUUAAAGGACUGGGCAAUGUAUCUAGUGUUGGUGGUCAAAAAUUGCAGACUUACUCAACAACCAUCCUGUCCGCGAUGAUGGCUGGCAUGGAUGACAAAGAAGAUCCUGAAAAUACCAUAACCUUAGAAGCAAUGUCUGGCUUAUCGCGGAUUUUGGCGCAACUCGAUGAAACUAGUGUCCGGCAAAUUCUUAUCAAUAUUUGCUUGAGAAUUAGACCUUGCUUUGAAAAGGAGAGCAAAGAGGUGCGUGCAGCAUCCAUAUCAUUGUUUGGAGAUCUUUCCCGCUUCGGCACUGGUGCAUCAGAAAUGCCCUUUUUGGAGCAAAUACAUACGAAUUUCAUUAGCAUUCUCCUCCAUCUUGAUGAAGAGCCAGAGGUUUCAAAGGCCUGCAAAGAAACACUUCGCAAAAUUGGUCCCCGACUCGGCUCCGCUUCAAUUAACGAAUCUUUUCAGAAGCAUUUAAUCGAGGGAGGAAUGCUUCACUAUGGAGAAUUUACAAAUAAUUUAUCAAGGUUGAUGAUUGCCGAUUUUCAAGAAAAAGUUAAUUUCUAUGUUAUGGGCUGCGUUGGUUUCUUCAAGAGCUCUUAUGAAGACAUAAGGUCAAACGCAGCGACCCUUACUGGCUUUUUGCUGGGCAAUUUGCCAACCGCUAAAAGGGAUGGCAUUUCUGAUGAACAUGUUUGCAGUGCUUUAAUAAUGCUGUUGAAAGAUUCUUCUCCGAAAGUACGGUCAAGAACUGCUGAAGCGAUGGGCCUUCUCUAUGACUACUAGCUUCAGCUGAUCCGCUGGGGGAUCAGAUGAUUGCGGUCGCCUUCGCUCCUUUCAAAUAGAUCUGAUUCCUGCCUAGUCUUACAUUGAAGUAACAUAUUUCUGUUCAGUGCAGUGCCUUGAAAUACCCCUUCUUGUCAUAUAUGCUGUCAAGCUCGUUAGCAUUAUUAAUUUUUUCGAUUACAUUUUUUAUCAUCAUCCGUCUUGCUUGUGCAAAUUUGAAUACAUUCCAUUGUUGCUUUUGCCAAACUUUGACAAUCAUAUGAUAGGAAAUAAAUUUUAAUAUCUAGCCAAGGUCAGAUUGUGAGAAACCAGUUGAUUAACUCUCAUUCUCAUAUGUAGGUUGCAUAUGCUUUUGUCGUGUUGAUCGUUAUCACCCACUGGGUAGAAGAUAUGGACGAGUUAUGACGUAAUUCCACUCAUAUGUGAAACCCUGCUGUUGAGUUAUGUUCUUCAUUGUAUUUUGAUGCAAUCUAGCUAGUAAAAAAAUGUUCAAAAUUCACUGAAGUUUUUUGGCUCGUUUUAUAAAUAAUGCACGUUGGUAGUUCUUGAAUUUAGCAAAAGGGCAAGGCUACAAAUGUUCUUGAAGAUCAAUGAAUAUAACAGAUGAGCAUCAGAUAUCAACUAUUAUUUGAUGAUAUGAUAAAAUAAUUAAAUUGGCUUUUUGAAGGGGGCUUUACCGAGGCAUUUAAUUGAAUAUAAGAAUUUGCUAGAAUGAUAUUGAUUUUUACUUAACCUUUCUUACUUGAUUUGCAUAUGCAUUCGUAGUUAUUGUAAUAUUACACGAAUAAACUAA